GUACUUAAAGCAGGAGUCCCCAGAGGAAUGGACACUAGAGAGAUUAGCAGAGGGUUUCUCUGUAAGCCCUGAUGACAUUUCCAGAGUCCUCCGCAGCAAAUUCACCCCAUCAGCAGUCCGAAAGCUAAAGCAGGACACGAAAGUGUUAGCUAAUAGUGGGCCGCAGUCUCUCAGAGAUGGCAAAACUGAGCAGUCCAGACUGCCAAAGACUGCAACACCAGCCAUACUCCCCUCUGGAAACACAGGUGCCCUGACAGCACUGAGUACAGGAGCGCUUGCAGUGAGGGAGACUGACACUGGACUCAUGCCCUCUAGUGGUAACAUAGUACCAUCUCAGCUAUCGGCUGAGCAGAAAGUGACACCUGCUUUACAUGAGCAGCCUGACUCUACAUCUGAAAUGGACAUGAGGGAUGAUAUAGAGUUAGAGGAGGAAUGGGAUGGAGUGAUUCUGACCGAGGAAGAGCUAGAGCACAUCGCACAAACACUGAAGGAAAAGCCCAGUUCAGUGGAACAGAAGGGAAGAGAGUUUUUUGACAGUGAAGGCAACUUCCUGUAUAGAAUUUGAGCUAUGCUGCCAAGUCACCAUGUUUAUCAAAACACUUGUUGCUCAAGUCUAGGCCUGUUCUUUUAUGAAUAUUACUUUAUUGUUAGAAUUUGCAACAAAACUGGCACAGCUAGGAGAAAGCUGUCCU